UUUUUGUUUUUGUUUUUUUUCGGCGUUGUGCUUUGGUGUGAAGUAUUGUCGUCCAUUGCUCUCUGUUUUGUGAACGAAGUUUUCGAAUCGCGUAGUUUCACUGCAAGUAUCGUUUCGUCUGAACCACGAUUGUUGUGAAAUCGCGGGCAGAAUGGAAUCGAGGAGGAAUUGCAUGAUUUCAAUGACUGUUUUCUCAGAGUUUCUCGUUAUGUCGUUGCGCAGAGUGUUUCUUUCCACUUGGACUUCACCGGGAUUCUGCUAAGUUCUCAAGCGUUUGAUUUGCAUGAAGAUAAUUUUUAUUACAGAAGCGCAGUUUCAGCUGUCUUGGGUUCCCUCGCAAUUGCCGGGAUUGCAGUAAUUGAGGCUUUUAAGCACCUCGGUGUUGGGAACGGAGUGUAGAGAUCACCUGCGAUCCUGAUGUGGUUUUGUUUUCCUGUCAUUACAAUUUAUAUUUUCUCUGAACAUACUGAAAUUCGUAGAUGAGAUUGGCUGAACGCAUGUUGAAUUCUCGAUUUGAUGUCUCACAUUCUAGGUUACGGUGCUCAUCUUAAUAAUGUCAUAAAUUUUCAAUGUUGCAGAAACAGUUGCAGUGUCGCUUUUGAAAUUCUUUUCCCAACUUUCAGAGAGGAAUCAUUACGCGUUAUGGGAAACUCCGCAUCCACCAGUGAAGGAGUUAGUGACCAAGGUUAUUCUCAACUCGAAAGGAAAUUGCAAGCAGACCUGACUUAUCUAAAGCGUGCGUUUACCCAUCUGAGUGCCUCUAAAGAUGCUAAUCAACAAUCUAUACCCCUUUCGACACUUGAGAGAGCUUUCAAUCUGGCUCCACUAAAUGUGGCAGAUUCAGCCCCCUCGACUCUUCUAUCGUUCAUCUCGGAGAUUGGACCAGCACUCACGAGAACAUUUUUUAACAACAAUUCUGGACAGGUGGAUUGGCCUCUUUUUCUUUCGGGCUUUGACAUGUGUUGCAAACAAGGCUUGGGUGCAGUCAAGUUAAAAUCGCUCUUCUUAGUAUUUGUGAAAGGCAAAUAUAAGCAUGAGUUACUUCCAGGAUUACAAGGUGAAGUUGAUGAAGAUUUAACUGGGUUUGUCACCAUGAGCCAGCUGCAAGACGUGUUCUUGAUUUGUUGGUUACUGAUGUGUCACUCAAGACUCGAAAAUGUUCAAGAUAGUGAGGAACUGUACGUGCCUCUGCCAAAUUUGCGACCUCUGCUAGCUUCCUGUUACGCAGCUAUAACUGGGGCACCCGCUGACACAGCUUGGACAGGCAAGGAGGAAAUAAAAGUGGAAAAACUGACUUCUUGGAUUUUAGCAACUAUCCCUAGUAUUACUGAAAGCAUUGAGCAAUACGUUAAAUGCCACAUUCAGCGACUUGGUUCUGAAAAAAAGAAUAUAAAAUCAGAAGAUAAGCCUGCUGUACAAGCUAUGGAAGCAGCAGACAAGAUGGAAAACGUUCCGAAGGACUUGGAGAAAGCAAAAGCAGUAGAUCCAGGGCUGCUCACGUUCGGAACGGCAUGGGCCAUUGGGCUAUUUUUAAGAGACUCAAGCGGCUCAAACCUCGUUGCUGCUGCUUGUGAUCUGUUGGGCUCUUCCACUAGCUAUCCGACGCUCUUAUACAGAGUUUCUACCCAUGGACGAGGAAUCAGCCGAUUCUGGACGCGAGUGGAAGGUUACAAGGCGCCUUUAUUGAUGUUGAUAUCAGGGACUUCAAUUGAUUAUGAUAAAAACGAACCCUCGGGGGCGAAGUGGGUAGUAGGGGUUUUGGUUCCAGGAGGAUUUGAAAACAAGGAGGUCUUUUAUGGAAACUCUGGCUGCUGCCUCUUCGCUAUCUCACCGUUUUUUUUGCCUCUGCGGUCAACUGGGAAAGAGACGAAUCAUGUUUAUUGUCACAAGCGUACUCCUGGUGCUGUUUACAGGUCUCAUCCAAGACCGGAGGGAGUUGGAUUCGGUGGUUCACCAGGGAAAGAACGUUUGUGGUUAGAUGAUGAGUUUUUGACUGUCACUAUUCAGCAUCAUGCGUUGGACAAAUCCUAUCAUUCUGGGUCGCUAGUACCAGGGCAGGGCUAUUCUCCUGUGAAGGCCAGAGUUGGUGAAGUGGAAGUCUGGGGUCUUGGAGGGGCGAGUGCUAAUGAGCAACACGAUAAGUAUCAACAUCGAGAAACCUUAUUUUCUGAGCAAAGGCGAAAGGUUGAUUUGAAGAACUUUGGGAACUGGAGAGACUCGCCCGAGGCCACGAUGAUGGAAAUGAUUUCCAACCCCACCAAACUGGAAAGAGAGGAACGUUAGAAUGAACCUUCACUUUAGGCUAAUGACGAAUGUCUUUUCUAUGGAAUACGAGAACAAAAUCAUUCACCAUUCUAAUCCUCGAGGAGAUAUAACUGAAGGUUACAGUGCUCUCCCUGCAACUUGGUAGUAACUGUCUCUUCAGAGUCAAAUAUUCUAUAAGUUUAUCCACCUCAUCUGCUGCGAGUUUCCAGAAUAUUUAGGACAAGAGUAUCCAGGUUCCAGCAUAUGGUGUAAUCAUAUGGUUCCAGCAUAUGUAUUGGAUUGUGUGUUCCUCAAUCAGCUGAAAGUUUUUCUCUUUACUUUGGGAAAUGUAGCUUCGCUUCACUCGUGAAAUCUGAACAGCAGCAUCACAUGUAUUGUGGUUUGAUUACUUGAUUCCUACUUACACAA